GGUUGUGGGGCGUGUUGCAGUUAAUAAAUUAAGCGGAAAUGCGUCUUUAUUUCUGUUUUGCAACUGCGAGGAACGGGACGGUAUUCGGUACUUAAGGCGCUCUAAACUCUUCUUGGGGUGCCCAAAGACCAAGAGAAAGAAUGCUGAAGAAAAUGCACGAAACCACUGACCAGCCUUUUGAUGUCAUGAACAUGGGUGAAGAAGAAUCCCUUCCCGUUUAUCUCCAGCACAUAGGACCUCACCAAAAGAAGAAUCUGAACCCUGUUCCUCCAGAAAGGAGGACACAACAUAGACACCAGCCUAAUGGCAAUGCAGCCAGCAUCUUUUGGCAAGGGGAAGACCAGGAAAUUGGCAGUUCCUCUGAAUUGUUUUCUAGGCCUUCUGCCAAUAGACCUGAUGUAAUCAUUGAAGAGUUUAUGAAGGAAUCAGAAUCUGCCAUCAUUCUGCAGUCACCUGAAAACAAGGCGUCCAAAGCAACCCAAAAGAUGCAAAGUAAAACGAACAUUCAUCACGGUCAAGUUUUUCAGGAGUGGGUGUUUGUAACACAUGUGGCCAACCCAAAUCAUUUCUACAUCCGACGUGUGGCUGAAAAGAGGGCGGGGGUCUUAUUGGCCAGGAAGAUCAAUACUUUUUGCUCUGGAGAGAGGAGAUUCUUUGUCUCAGAUGAUGAUUUGGUGACCGGCUCCACAGUCUUUGUGAGGUGGAAGGAAAACGUGUGGUAUCGGGCAGUGCUGACUGAGAUCUUCAAAAAUGAGCAGGACAAACCAGUGAAUAGAUGCUCAGCGUCAACUGUGUCCAAAGUGCACGUCUUUUUCCAAGACUAUGGCUUUUCCGAACAAGUCUCUCUCUCAGUUAAGCAGGAUGAUGGUACAGACCCAGUUGUCAGACUAAACCAGCAACUUCGAAAACUAGACCUGAUGGCCCAGUCUGUACUGCGUUGUUGGGUCCCCCAAGCUAUCAAGUGUUCAUUAAAGGACAUAGUUCCUGCAGAUCCGAUAAAGGGCUGGGAUCAAAAGGCCCAGGCAGAGUUCUGGCGAGUGGUUGGUACCAAAGCAGUACCAAUGCAGGUGUUUGGACAGGACAACGACACUUUAUUGGUGGACCUAAAGAAUGCGCCCAUGGAUAAAAGUGCUACCAACAUGCCUGUCUCCCUCAGAGAGUAUCUUGUCUUUCUGGAUUUGGCUAGAUUUUAUUCGCCAUUAGACCAGGACCGUAAAAUGGUUUCUGGUGCCAAAAGAUCCUUGCAAUUCUAUCCUCCAGUGCUUCCCAAUGUCGGAGUACAGUUCUGUGCUGUGGUGUGUCACAUUAACAGUCCUUCUGACUUUUACAUCCAAAUGCAGGUUGAUAAUGCAGAGUUUCUGCUGCUCAAUGCCAAGCUGCAAGAAUGUUAUUCCCAGGAUAUUCCAAAGAGGCAAGGCGUCAAGGUGUCCUAUCCACUGACAAAUCAGGCCUGUGUCGCUAUGUUUGAGGACAAGGUUUGGUACCGAGCUCAGAUAAUUGGUUUCCCUGGUGGCAGGCAGGUGGAAGUGAGAUAUGUAGACUUUGGCAACAAGAAGAGUCUGCCUUUAGAUGAUGUAUGCUGCAUAAAGGAGGAGUUCCUUGCCCUGCCAGCCAUGGCAAUUCACUGCUGCCUGGCAGAUGUGGAGCCUCUUCCAGCUAUGAAAAUGUGGAGUGAGGAAUGCUCGGAGAGAUUCCAUAACCUAGUGGGACAGAAGCUAAUGUCUACUGUGGUAACUGAGGUGAACCAAGCACAGCAAAUUUUACUGGUCAGGCUGUUGGAACUUAAUAGCAUCAGUAACAUGACAAUGUCAAGUGACAUUGGGGAGCUUCUCGUGAAAGAAGGCUUGGCUUCUUUCCUCAGUGGAGUGACACUUGAUAAAGAACCUCUAUCGUCAAAGACAACUAUCUGGGACCCUCCAUUCGAAAGCCCUUUGGAGGUAACGGAGGCUGACAUAUCUUCAGAAAAUACUACAGAACACGUGUUUGAAGUUGAUCUUCAUAGUGAACGUCAGCUCUGUGCCUCUGAGCUGAGGGUGAGGGUCACCCAUGUCACUUCCCCAGCUAGCUUUUUUGUGCAGUUUCUGCAGAUGGACAGCAGUCUCAAGAGGGUAUAUAAAAUGUUGAAGGAAGAGUAUGCAUUGUCCAAGCCUCUGCCAGAAGAGUGGAAAGCACAGAUGUACUGUGCUGCCCUCAUCAAUGGCGUCUGGGAAAGAGGGCAGAUCUGCUCUGUAUCUUCCAACAAUGUCGCAGAGGUACUACGCUGCGAUUUUGGAGGCAAAGUGAAACUUCAGCUGAACAACCUCAGGCCUCUUCGACAUCAUCUCAUUGGUAGCCUUGUUCUCGAGUGUUCCCUUUGUGACAUAAGACCUACAGGAGGCGGCACUACUUGGACAGUCACUGCAUGUGAAUUCAUCUCUUAUUACCUAACAGGUGCUCUGGCUAUUAUGACUGUCAAGGACAAGGCCCAGCAGCCAGUCUCUGUUGCUUUAUACUGCCACAGCAAGGCUAGCCAGGAGGUCAGCUUUGCUGAUGUCAUGGUCAGUGCGGGUCUGGCACUUAAGGAGAGGAGACCUGAUGUGGUCUCUGUUAAAACAUCUGAAGGAUCUGAUCAACAAGGAAGUGUAUCAAUGGGGGAAAACCAGAGGCCGUUAUGUUGCAUGUUGUCUGGUCUGCUGGAAGAGCUAAAGACCGAACAUUACAGUCCACCAAAGCUGCCUCAAUGUGGCCUUGUACAGAUGACCAUCACAGCUGUCAGCGAGGACGGGGCUAUCUAUGCUAUGACUCAGGAAGCUGAACAGCAUUUUGUGCAGCUGAAACGGACAUUGCGAUACGUUAAGUCCUUGCCCAGGCAGAAGCCCUACAACUGGAAGCAUGGGCAAGGCUGUGCUGUCAUGGGCUCUGAUGUACUGUGGUACAGAGCAGAAGUGCUUGAGGUCAUUGGUGGACACAUUAAGGUGAGAUACGUGGACCAGGGCUUGGUGGAGAACAUUCCGGAGUGUUAUGUUUACCCGAUGUUGCUGUCUAAGGAAGUGCCCCAAUUGAGUGUACCUUGUCAGUUGCAUGGAGUCAUUCCUGUCGGUGGAGUUUGGCAGAGGGAUGCUGUGGAAUUGCUAAAGGAGUUACUGCAUAUGCGUUAUGUGAACAUGCAGAUCAUGGAGGUACCUGUGGAUCCUAGAGGUCACUUGACAGUUCAAAUUGUGGUAGAUGGGAUAGACCUUAGCAAGUUCAUGGUUCAUCACCAACAUGCUAUCAUGAGGCCCAUCAUCUCAAAAGAAAAGGAUAAUAUGGAGGUGUAUGUCAUUGACCACGACAACUGGGACUGGGACGUAAAUGGCAUGGAGUAUGCAGUGUUGCAGCUUAAAAGGUAUACCUAUCCAAGAAUGCCAGAGAAGGGACAGUGUUUCCCAGUCCAAAUCACACACCUCUGCACUCCCAAUGAGGUUUUUCUCUCUCCCCUUCUGGACAUGGAGGAUUUUGUGGAGGACAGUGAGGAAAACCUGGAAGAAGCUCUUGCGUAUGUGAAUGAGAUGGUGGACAGACUCCAGCCACUCAGUGACUUUGCCAUUGGAAGCCCUUGCUUGGCCAAGUACAGUGAUGGGCAGUACUACAGGGCCAAGAUACUGAGCAUUAAAAAUUAUAACCCAGUCCAAAUCCUGGUGAGGCAUGUGGAUUUUGGCUCUGAUGAUACUUUGUCCACACAAAAGCUACGUCAGAUCCCUUCUGAGCUGUUGCAGUAUCCCUGCAAAGCUAUCAAAGUACGAGUGACUGGGCUCAGGCCCCCUCAUGUCAGCCUGGAGAAGGAAAGAGUCUCGUACUCCCCCGAAUGGAGCAUUAAGGCUGUACUUGAGAUGAUUGACUUGCUGCAUGGCAAAAUUACCGCUUGUGUCAUGUCAACAGGACCUGAAAUUGCUGUGAUGCUGUACAAUGAUGUGGGAGCUCUAGUUCACCGCCCACUAAUAGAAAAAGGGCUAGCCGAAGAAGAUUGAGUCAAGAAGCCUGCAGCAUGUCAUUAUUCAUUUGACACAAUAGCAGGAGCACUUUGUAACAGAUUUAUGCCUAUUUUUCCUUUUCUCCCAGGACCUGACUUUAACAUGCAGUUUAUUUUGAUUAUACAGCUAGAAUCGUUUUGCAGUUUGAUUUGAGUUCCAUGUUUGUGAUACAACAGCCUAUUUUCAAGAACGUGUUUUGUUGCACUUAUGUAUGAAACUUUAUUAAAUGGUUCUUAGCAACUACUGGCUGCAUUAAGCAA